AUGGCAGAGGAUAUGAAGGGCUUCAGCUUUUUCUUCGCGGGUGCUAAGAUUCCUAAUCACAUUAUGAAGCGAGUCACCAAGCAGCUACUUUCCGCCUUAGAAUAUGCACACGCCUCGGGGGUUAUCCAUACUGACAUCAAACAAGACAAUAUUAUGGUAAAAGUCAGAGAUUUCUCUGUUAUUGAUCGUUACCUGCAAGAUUCAGUGUCCAGACCAGCUGUGAAUCUUGGAGAGUAUAACUUCAAUGACACCUCUGAGCUCACCCAGAUAAGCAUCGCACUUUGUGACUGGGGAUCAGCGAGCUGGGAGAGAAAGCACCUCACGGAGAUGAUUCAGCCCAAGCUACUUCGUGCACCAGAGGUUAUAUUGCAGGCACCAUGGGGCAAGGAAGUUGAUAUUUGGAAUUUAGGCGCCCUCCUUCCAGAGCUUCUAGAUGCUGUCCGAAUGUUUAAUGGAAAAACUGAUGUGACUGGAGGGAUUUAUCACACCAAGCACCAUAUUGAAGAAAUUGAUGCACUCUUCGGCCCAUUCCCACAGGACUUACUUAGCGACGGAAAACCAAAAAUUGUACAACAAUUUUUUGAUGAAAGGCUCCAGAUCCGGGACCCCACUAAACGUCCGCCAGCAAGGCUGGAAAGAUGGAUACAGUGUCUCAGUGGUGUUGAAAAGGAGAAUUUCCUUUCAAUGCUCCGAUCUAUGUUAAUGAUCGACCCUAAACAGCGAAUGACCGCACAGGCACUACAAAGUUCACUCUGGAUUACCACUUAA